GACAUUUCAUUAAUCAUGAAUCUUAAAUGUCAUACCAUACAUCCCAAGAAAAAUAAUUUUUAAAUUAUAAAAUUUAUAUACACUCAUUAUCCAGUGUAAUAUGAACUAAUUUGAGUAUAUUCUCAACUUUUGUUUGAGAUCAGUGAACAAUUUGUAAUGAUCAAUCUAAUUAUCGCAAACAGAAUCUAAUAAGAAAAUGAAUAAUUCAACUAAUUCAGUUAGUUAUUUAAAUUUCAAAGUUGUCCUUUUAGGAGAAGGAUGCGUUGGAAAAACUAGCUUAGUUCUUAGAUAUGUUGAAGAUAAAUUCAAUAAUAAUCAUAUAAGUACAAUUCAAGCAUCAUUUCUCAACAAGAAACUGAAUAUUGAUGGAAAGAGAGUAAAUUUAGCAAUAUGGGAUACAGCUGGUCAAGAGAAAUUUCAUGCACUUGGUCCCAUAUAUUAUCGUUCAUCAAAUGGAGCCGUUUUAGUUUACGAUAUUACAGAUGAAGAUUCUUUCCAGAAAGUGAAAUGUUGGGUCAAGGAACUGAGGAAAAUGUUGGGCACCGAUAUUUGUCUGAUCAUAGUAGGAAAUAAGACUGAUUUAGAAAAAGAUAGACAUGUUAAUUUUGAAGAAGCGAAAACGUAUGCUGCUAAUGUUGGGGCUGAGUAUUUCGAAACAUCUGCCAAACUUAAUCAGGGAGUAGAAGAUAUGUUUUUUACAUUGACUGAAAAAAUGAUGGAAGCUCAUCAGCAAAAAAUGUCUAAGACAACAUCCCUCAACAGACAAAAUUCUCAGAGAAAUAAUAUAUUAGUGGUAGAAGAUGAUCAAGUAGAGCAAACUCAGAAAAAUUGCUGUGGGAGUUCCUAAGCCUGAUGCAAUAUUUAUUAUAUUACCAUCAUUAUGAAAUAUAUUUGGAAAUUUUAAGAUAA